GCUUCGUGACCAAAUUAAAGAGUUGAAAACCUCUGCCGAAAUUGUUGCUGGCUGAUGACUUGGAAGCGUUUUCUAAAGCGACAAAUACUACAUAAAUGCAUGUCAACGUUAGUGAGUCAAUUGACUACUUCCAGGGCGGUACGUUUAAGUUUCUGAACAAGUUGGUGUUUAGAAACACAAGUGAGAAGUAGUGUUAGCUUAGUAUGCUAGCACAACAGUCGUUGUUUACUACGGCUUAAUAAACGUUAGACCUAGCGCCGACACUUCGAGUCUGCAUCUUUUCUGCAAGCUACGACGACGGCAUUUCUGCGCGAAUGAGUUUGUUUUAGGCCCCAGCAAACCAAACCUGAAUCUUUGACGCUAGCCACGUAGUUCUGUGACUAAAAGACGGAUGCGCUGGACACGAAGAUGGAGAUGGCUGUUAAGGGAAAGGCCAAAAGGAGGCACCUGAAUGCGGGGCAGUGUGAUGACCUGGGACAAAGUGCAGAGGGCACUAACGCCCUCACCCAGCCCCAAACCGUCAACCACGCGCAGGGCACCCGCAACCCCACUCGGGUUUACCCCAGGACCCCCACCAAGAGACGGAAGUGUGCAUCGGCAUCAGGAAGUCCCUCCGGGCAACAGAAGGUCAUCGGCAACUUCUUCUCUGUGACAGGAGUCCUCAGUUCCAGUCCGCACAAAUCCUCCCAGCCCUGCACAUCCACACGCACAAAUGGACUCAAUGGAAAGCUUUUUCCCGAAGAUGAGCCGGGGGUUAUGAAAGAAGAGGAGGAGGAUGACGACGAUGUCCGCCUGUUAGCUGUCCCGUUGGCGGCAGACCCUGAAGAAGAAGAGGAGGAGGUCGACGAUGUUAGCCUUUUAGCUGCAGAGUUAGUGCCAAAGGAGGAGGACGCUGUCGAUCAUCUGGAGGGAAUCACAGCAGAGAUGUUUGGAGAUGAUGAUGAAUUUGACAGUGACAUUCACGACGUGGAGGAGGAGGUGGAGGCCCUGCCUGAUGCCCACUUUGGGCUCCUGGGUAGCAGGAAGAUCUUGCUUGAUCCCCAGGGCUGCAUGGAUGAUCUUCCGGAGGAGGUGCUGAGGCAAAUACUGUGCCUCGUCCCUGCCCGGGACCUCUACUGCUGUGUCAGCCGCGUCUGCCAUCACUGGAGGAACAUCGUCCAGGACACCAAGUUCGUCCCCUUCAAGAAAAAAUACUUCCGCUACAUGACGAGGGAGAAGGAAACGGUGCGGGAGAUCUCUUCCAUCCUGAGGAACAGCGGCAUUACAGAUCCAGCAUCAUCACAGUACAGCAUGCGACACCUUGUUGUUUUAAUGGCUCAGCAUACGGUCGGAGAGCGGGUGAGGCCGGAGGACGUUCUGGAGUGUGUCAAGAAACAUCGACUUUUUCCUCACGCCGAAGCCUCCAUCAGAUUACGUAUUCCUGAUAUUCAGAAGUUCUUCAACCUCUGCAAUAAGGGUCCCGACCCGUAUGCGGCCAUGGCGGUCAUAUUGCUCCUGAGUGAGAGCGUCGGGGACGUGCAGGCCUUGGUGUCUCUGCUCACCGGCUGCAUGUCGGACACCGCCAUCAUAGAGUACCUCAGCCACAUGGCCAUGAUGUUGCUUGCCAUGAAGAGGAGCUGGGUCAAGAUUAGCAGCCGGUUGCAUUACAACAUCUACUACAUACUUCACUUGAUGGAGAACGGCCCCUUUUCUGUCUGCUCCGGGCAGAGCCGGCGGUCUCAGAUUCAGCUCACAGGUGAACAGCAGCAGAUCCUCAGCCAUGACGUCCAGGGGGACCAUGUGGUCAAGAUCGUGGCUUUUGCAGGUACGGGGAAGACGACCACGUUGGUGAAGUACGCCGAGCAGCGGCCGCACCUCCGCUUCCUGUACGUGGCCUUCAACAAGUCGGUGGCCAGUGAGGCGCAGCGCCGUUUCCCUAGCAACGUGGCCUGCAAGACCGUCCACUCAUUGGCCUAUGCCAACGUCGGGAGGAAGUACCAGUUUCGCCAGAAGCUGACCUUUAACCUGAACCCGUUCGCCAUCAACUCUGUUCUGCCCCAGGGCCGCGGCGGCUUCGUCAGGGCCAAAGUUGUCACCACGACUCUCAACGCCUUCAUGGCUUCGCCGGACGAGGCCAUCACCGUCGAACACGUCCCCAGCUUCCGCAAGGUCAAGGACCGGAAGGAGAUUAUAUUGGAGGAUGAAAAAGUGUUGUUUGCGCGUGAAGCGCAGAGGAUCUGGAACAAAAUGAAGGAUCUCAAUGAAACCAAAGUAGACGCCUACUACAUGACCCACGAUGGUUACCUGAAGUUAUGGCAGCUGCAGGUCCCCAAGCCCUGCUUGUCUUACCAAUACGACGUCCUUUUCAUUGACGAGGCCCAGGACUGCACUCCAGUCAUCAUGGAUGUGCUUCUGUCGCAGAGCUGUGGGAAAGUCCUAGUGGGAGAUCCUCAUCAGCAGAUCUACACCUUCAAAGGAGCCGUCAAUGCGCUCAACCUCGUUGAGCACACGCACAUCUUCUACCUGACACAGAGCUUCCGGUUCGGUGCCGAGAUCGCCUACGUGGGUGCCACCAUCCUUAAAGUGUGCAAGGGAGUGGAGAAGAUUCUCGUGGGAGGAAAGCAAAAAGGUGGCGUGUGUGAUGAGACGGCAGACAGCGUCGGAGAGGCUUUGAGGUCGGGUGUCAGUCUUUGCCCGGGGAAGACGGCCAUCUUGUCGAGAUGCAAUGUCAGUGUUUUCAGCGAAGCCGUCCGGCUCACCGAUUCCAACCCGCUGUGCCGCAUCCACUUCAUAGGAGGUGUCGAUGGUAUCGGCCUGAAUCGGAUCCUGGACAUCUAUCAGUUGAUGGAAGGGACAAAAUUCAUCCGGGAUCCUUUGAUUCGCUGCUUCGCCAACAACAAUCCGAAUGCCUUCUGGGCCUUGAAGAAGUACGUCAAACAGACCGACGACCUGGAGCUCGACGCCAAACUCAACAUCGUUGAAAAGUACGGAAAGCGCAUCCCCGAGCUGGCGAAGCGCCUGGAAAUGUGCUUUGAAGGUGACUUCCACAAAGCAGACUUCAUUGUGGGAACCGUCCACAAGGCCAAAGGUCUGGAGUUCGACACCGUGAUGGUGACCGAUGACUUUGCAAAGGUUCCCUCUUCAAAGCACAACCUGCACUUCAAUCCCGACUUCUCCUUCUCUGAUAUUGCGGACGAUGAGUGGAACCUGCUGUAUGUGGCGGUGACUCGUGCCAAGACCUCUCUGAUCAUCACCAAGUCCAUCCGCCGCAUCCUCACAGUGGCUGGGGAAUACUUCCUGAAGUCGGAGAUGCCCGGCACCUUGAUGAAGGUGGGCGACCCGCUCCCGUGCUGUGUCUCCGACUGCCCCAACUGCACCACGCCCGGCUCAGCGUUCAUCAUGUGCAAACAGCAGAUGAAAUGUUCCGACGGCGUGUCUGCCGGCGGCCCGUUGUGCGAGAGGUGUGUGUGGACGCGCAUCGGGUCGACUGCCUUCCUCAUGACCGACGACGUGCUCUCGAUGGCUGAAAUACCGCGAGGACUCGGCCACCAUGACCACCACAUGCUCGGGGGGCUUUUCUAGCGACGCUCGUCUUCAAGGACUUCGAAACAAGAAAUCCGCCAUCUUUUGUGCGUUGAUGAAAAAGAGACUUUCAAGUCAACAGCCGGCAAGCAACGCUCGGUGUUCGCAGACAACAAUGAGACAGACUGACACUGGUUUUAGUUUUCUGAAAACGUGACUGGUUUUAUGUGUGCGUGUGUGUGUGUUUUUAUCCGUGAGCCGAAGGGAAUCGGAUGUUGUAAUAUCCAGUUGAGAUGCCUUUUUAUAACGCUUCCAGCUCCCAGUGGCCAUCAGUAGGGCUGAGGUUUCAUUGGAGAGCACUCUGUGAUUGUGUGUUGAAUGUUUCAUUAUUUAAAAAAACAGAAAGAAAACUGCCGGUUCUUGACUUUUUCGCUGUUAAUCAUAAAAAAAAAAAAAGUG